GGGGGACGAGGAGAAGAGGUCAGGGCCUCACAGGCCGCCGAACUCCCCGUGAAGGUGCCCGCCGCCCACUCCGCCUCCCAGACCCCGCUGAAAAGAACUGCCCGGUUGGCCGGGUUGGACCACCACCCACUCCGGGUUCGCAGUUCUCCUUUAAGGGGGACCCGCGUGGCCGCAGAGUUGCAAGGAGCUAGAUUGCCAUUGGCCAGGCCGUGCUACAGGUCGGCGGCACGAUUGGUUGAGGCUCUGGGCCUCAGCACGCAUGCCCCCGCGCGAUUGGUCCCGGACUCCCAGAGCCCGCCUCCCUCGGGGAUGACUCAACCCGGGCUCGCGGGUGGAAGGGCCGCGGCCUGCAGGGAACAUGGCGGCGGCGGACCUCGCCCAGAUCGCCGAUGUGGACAUCGAUUCCGACGGCGUCUUCAAGUACGUGCUGAUUCGAGUUCACUCGGCGCGACCCUCCGAGGCCCCGACCGGGGAGAGCAAGGACAUCGUGCGCGGCUACAAGUGGGCCGAGUACCAUGGUGAGGCUGACAUCUAUGACAAGGUAUCGGGCGAGAUCCAGAAGAAGGGCUAUAGUUGUGAGUGCCUGGGAGGCGGGCGCAUCUCUCACCAGAGCCAGGACAAGAAGAUCCACGUGUACGGCUACUCCAUGGGUUAUGGUCGUGCCCAACACUCCAUCUCCACUGAGAAGAUCAAAGCCGUGUACCCUGAUUACGAGGUCACCUGGGCCGAUGAUGGCUACUGAGGCCUGCCCAAGGGGCCAGCUGUACCCCCUGGCCAGGACACCAGCCUGGCCCAAGUGCCCCCAACUCACCUCACCCACAGGAAUUAAAAAUGUUAUCACCUGUGCUGUUGCCCAGA